CAAAAUCCAAAAAAUCAAAAAGUCCGACAGGGCCCAACUUAUAUUUUGCAGAUGGCCCUUAUGUUGUUCGCGCCGGCCUUGGUUCCGGCUCCGCCGGGCACGACGUACAGACUCACCGGUAAAUUCUCCAGAUUUCCUCUGAUCAUCUUUGUUCCUCAUCAAUUUUUGCACUUUUGAUUUAUUAACUAACCUUUAUAUUCAGAUGAUACUGAAUUUGAAGUGGCUCAACUAAAAUAAUGUCAGUUUUCCAGCAUUUUGAUGGAGCUCGAGUGCUUCAUUCCUUCAACAGAGCUCUUCGUCACCCAUCAUCAUCCAGUUCUUACUUCUCCAGUCGCUACUGCUCCAAACUCACCCCAAAUGCUCAUCGGAAAGUAACAUAUUUUGGAUGUGGCAGCAUGGUGUCAAAGCAUGAAUUCAGAUCAGUAUCUGAUGCCAAUAUUCUAAACUUCAAUUUGGGAAGGCAUAAUAUUGCACGAUCUUGUUCAUCGUUGAGCCUUCGGCACCAAUAUGCAACUACAGCAACUUCCACAGAGAAGAAAUCAAAGAAGAUGUUGUUUUACUUAACGGGGUUGGUUUUUGGGAUGGUUGGUUUGAGUUAUGCUGCAGUUCCUUUGUACAGGAGGUUCUGCCAAGCUACAGGCUAUGGAGGUACAGUAACUCGCAAGGAGAGUGUUGAAGAAAAGAUUGCUCGACAUGCCAAAGAUGGAACUGUUAGUACUAGGGAGGUGGUUGUACAAUUUAAUGCUGAUGUGGCUGAUGGAAUGCCUUGGAAGUUUACUCCUACACAACGAGAGGUAAGGGUAAAGCCAGGAGAGAGUGCCCUUGCUUUUUACACUGCUGAAAAUAAAAGCUCAACUCCAAUAACUGGUGUAUCAACAUAUAAUGUCACUCCGAUGAAGGCUGCAGUGUAUUUCAAUAAAGUGCAGUGCUUUUGCUUUGAGGAGCAACGAUUACUUCCCGGGGAGCAAAUUGACAUGCCCGUAUUCUUUUACAUUGACCCCGAGUUUGAAACGGAUCCCAAGAUGGAUGGCAUCAACAGCUUGAUUCUCUCGUAUACAUUCUUCAAGGUUUCCGAUGAAUAGCACUUCUUCUUGGGUGAGUAAACCCCCCUACAAGAACACAAACAAUACCCACUCUAAACCGAAUUCCUUGAUUUAUUUAUAGACUAUAUUCACCUUUUGUUUCAUAAUACGUUUGCAAACUUCGAUUUUGCAAUUUGCAAAAAAAAAAAAUUGUUUUAAUUGAAAAAUAAAAAAGACAAGUUGGUCAAAACUAUAUGUGUACUAAAUGAGUCUUGAAUUGAAUGUUUGGUUGAGCUAUGAAUUGAAGUAAAUUUGGAAUGAAGCC